CCUGUUCUGGUCACUGAUUGGCUGUUUCGGUCACAUGCUGAGGGAGGAAAUCAAUCCAGCGACCUCGUUAGCCUCGGGCUCAGGAGCAAUUCGCUUCGUGGCCUUAACGUGGCUGAGUUGAUCAUUAGCAGGCUACAAAUUUAGUUUUGAGUGGCGAUGGAGGAGCUCCGCGACAAAGACUUUGACUGUCCAAGCCUUCUGCGUGAUGAAGAACUGGAAGACUUGGAAACAAAGAACAGCCGAGGGAUCACGAGGAAGAGGAGGAGGGAUGGAGAGGGGGAAGUGUUUAAUCAAAGGGAGGAUGAAGAGGCGGGAGGCGAGACAGGAAGUGAAAAUAAGGAUGAGGAGGACAAAGAAACACAAGCUGGCAGUAAACAUGAGGUGACAGCAAUGGAGAUAACCAAGGUCUGCUCCAUCCAGCGCUCCAUCCUCUACAGCACUACGGGUGGAGACCACAGCGUGAGCUUCUCUCAGGUGCCGGGGUCAGAGACUGUGGACAGCUGCCCACCGCCACCUGCAAAGAAGAAGAGAAAACGAAUACCCCACAAUGCUGAUCAGUUAGUGUAUUUAGAGGCCUUGUUCCUGGAGGACCAGUAUCCUGAUCUAGAGAAGAAGAGGCUGAUCGCUGCAGCACUUGGUGUCACACCUGAAAAAAUGAGGAUUUGGUUUCAGAACUGCAGGACAAAAUUGAGGAAAGAGCAGAGCUCCAUCACAGCAGAGGUUGAACACAGACAGAGUAGAGCUGGAUAUAACAGCAGCCCCACACAUCAACCAGUUAACUCCACCAUACCCACACAGGCACCUAACAGUAAGGGAGCUCCCUCUUUUUCUGGUAACUUUGCCACCAAGGUGCCCCAACUCACCUCCACAGCACCUUCUUUCCCCACCCUGUCCAACCAGACUGUGCCCUCCCACAGCAACCUGCAGGCCAGCCUCAGCAGCCCAGGCCAAUCCAGGAUGAGAGAUGGGGGCCAGCAGCAGCUUUCAUCUCAGAGGGAGUUGGCAGAGUACCACCCACACCCCAUGCACAGCCCUCCCCCACUGCACCGAGCCAGUGCCCCCCUUUUCACAACGACCUACAACCCUUCCAACCUGAUUCCACCCCUCGUUCACACCCUGGCCCACACCCCACCUCUGUUCCUGGAUGCUGUGGAGGCUGGCUCCUCCUUGGCCCAUCGUGACUCCCAGUCUCUGCAGACAGACACCAGUAAGGGAGCUCCCUCUUUUUCUGGUAACUUUGCCACCAAGGUGCCCCAACUCACCUCCACAGCACCUUCUUUCCCCACCCUGUCCAACCAGACUGUGCCCUCCCACAGCAACCUGCAGGCCAGCCUCAGCAGCCCAGGCCAAUCCAGGAUGAGAGAUGGGGGCCAGCAGCAGCUUUCAUCUCAGAGGGAGUUGGCAGAGUACCACCCACACCCCAUGCACAGCCCUCCCCCACUGCACCGAGCCAGUGCCCCCCUUUUCACAACGACCUACAACCCUGCCAACCUGAUUCCACCCUUCGUUCACACCCUGGCCCACACCCCACCUCUGUUCCUGGAUGCUGUGGAGGCUGGCUCCUCGUUUGCCCAUCGUGACUCCCAGUCUCUGCAGACAGGCACCAGUAAGGGAGCUCCCUCUUUUUCUGGUAACUUUGCCACCAAGGUGCCCCAACUCACCUCCACAGCACCUUCUUUCCCCACCCUGUCCAACCAGACUGUGCCCUCCCACAGCAACCUGCAGGCCAGCCUCAGCAGCCCAGGCCAAUCCAGGAUGAGAGAUGGGGGCCAGCAGCAGCUUUCAUCUCAGGGGGAGUUGGCAGAGUACCACCCACACCCCAUGCACAGCCCUCCCCCACUGCACCGAGCCAGUGCCCCCCUUUUCACAACGACCUACAACCCUGCCAACCUGAUUCCACCCUUCGUUCACACCCUGGCCCACACCCCACCUCUGUUCCUGGAUGCUGUGGAGGCUGGCUCCUCGUUUGCCCAUUGUGACUCCCAGUCUCUGCAGACAGACACCAGUAAGGGAGCUCCCUCUUUUUCUGGUAACUUUGCCACCAAGGUGCCCCAACUCACCUCCACAGCACCUUCUUUCCCCACCCUGUCCAACCAGACUGUGCCCUCCCACAGCAACCUGCAGGCCAGCCUCAGCAGCCCAGGCCAAUCCAGGGUGAGAGAUGGGGGCCAGCAGCAGCUUUCAUCUCAGAGGGAGUUGGCAGAGUACCACCUACACCCCAUGCACAGCCCUCCCCCGCUGCACCGAGCCAGUGCCCCCCUUUUCACAACGACCUACAACCCUGCCAACCUGAUUCCACCCUUCGUUCACACCCUGGCCCACACCCCACCUCUGUUCCUGGAUGCUGUGGAGGCUGGCUCCUCGUUUGCCCAUUGUGACUCCCAGUCUCUGCAGACAGGCACCAGUAAGGGAGCUCCCUCUUUUUCUGGUAACUUUGCCACCAAGGUGCCCCAACUCACCUCCAGAGCACCUUCUUUCCCCACCCUGUCCAACCAGACUGUGCCCUCCCACAGCAACCUGCAGGCCAGCCUCAGCAGCCCAGACCAAUCCAGGAUGAGAGAUGGGGGCCAGCACCAGCUUUCAUCUCAGAGGGAGUUGGCAGAGUACCACCCACACCCCAUGCACAGCCCUCCCCCACUGCACCGAGCCAGUGCCCCCCUUUUCACAACGACCUACAACCCUGCCAACCUGAUUCCACCCCUCGUUCACACCCUGGCCCACACCCCACCUCUGUUCCUGGAUGCUGUGGAGGCUGGCUCCUCCUUGGCCCAUCGUGACUCCCAGUCUCUGCAGACAGGCACCAGGUCUUUCUUUGACUUUGGGGAGAAGCUCGGCGAUCUGACUUCAAGCCAGCAGAACAACAACCUCCCCUGUCAGCUGCAGCCCUCCUACCCCAGCAGCCAGCCCCAGCAUCAACCUCAAGCAUCUCUGCCCUACAUGGCAUACCUCCCCCCCCCCCCUUACCCCACCCACACUCCCCCAGAUUCUAACCCUACACCUUACCUGACCUUUGGACCAGGAGGAAACUCCACUGGCAUGGUCACCAACUUGACUAGAGGUCACGCCUACUUCCAGUCCCAGAGCAGAGGGCAGGUCCUGCUGCAGUCUGCAGGCCAUCAUGGUGGGAUGGCAGAGAUCACUCCAACCAGGGCUUCAUCCCUUCUGCCUUCUCAGGUCAGCCCUGCCGCUCCAGAAUGCCCUCCAGCGCCCCCUUGUGUCAAGAUUGAGAGAGAGAUUCAUAGCCAGGUCCACUUUGACUUCUCCCCACACAGAUUUUUUACUUAAUGUUUGUUCGGCUUAGUGUGUCAGUGUGUUGUGUAGGAUCUUCUGCAUGUUCUGUUUACAUAACUAUUGGGAUGUUCAGUAGAUAUUAAUGCCAGCAUACUUGGUCUGGGUUGCAUGUGGCUUGGCUAAAAUAAAUGCUUGUUGCUCUGUUAAUCCUUUAUUUAAUAUGUGUCCAACAUAUUUUUAGUUUUGAUUAAGUCAGUUUUGUUGCAGACCAACAGUUUGGACAUAGAGGGGUGUGGGAGGUCGGGUAAAGUGUAGUUCUACAUAUCCUUUUUCUAAGUAUGCAUACAUGUUCAUGAUUGUGUUGAUUCAGGCAUGAUCACCUACCAACACACGUAAGCCUUUAUUACAAGUUACAAUUUCAUCAUUAUGUACUCAACCCCAUGCUGAUGGAAAGUUGGAGUUCACAAAAUGUCUGGAGGUUCACGGCAAAACAGUAAAUAGUAGAUGAGUUUUCAUUUUACAGUUAACUUAUCAAGUGUUACACAGAAAUGUUACUCGUUACUUAUUAACUAUAAGUAUAAAAGUCACUAUAUUGUUCACGAUAAUUACUGCACAAACAGACACUUUAUUCAUUACAAGGGAGACUAAAGUAUAGACUGUUCAUCUCCAGUGUUACAUGAUUAUAACUGAGUCUGUACACUUCAUUUUAUGGUCUGUUAACAACUCAAUAAAAGAAAGAAAAUGCAUCCUCUC